AUGGGGAGUCCGGAAGACCUGAGCAUCUCGAGCAAUCCGCCGGUGACGACGGCUUGCCCCGUUAGUGUUUCUUCGCCGCCUCAGGAGGAGAAAAUGGUGUCGCCGAUGUUUCCCGCGGGGAGUUCUACGACGACGGUGCCGUUUCCUGCACAGUAUCCGUUGCAGGUUUACCAGCAAGCGUACCUGAAUCGGGCGAGGCUUCUGUCGACCUUGGCUUACCCGACGAAUCCGUACGCCAAUCCGUUCGUGAGGUUUCCCAGUUUCUAUCCGCCGUUCUUCGGAGCGUUCGAUUCCCGGUUCUACCGGGUUCCGGAGGAGCCGAAGCCGCAGCAUUCCUACAUCGGGCUCAUCGCCAUGGCCAUUCUCAGCAGCCCGGAUAAGAAGAUGGUCUUGUCCGACAUCUAUCAGUGGAUCCUGGAUCAUUAUUCGUAUUUCCGAACCCGGGGACCCGGCUGGAGAAACAGCAUCCGCCACAACCUCUCGCUGAACGACUGUUUCAUCAAAUCCGGUCGAAGCGCCAACGGAAAAGGUCACUACUGGGCCAUCCACCCCGCCAACGUGGAAGACUUCAAGAAAGGCGACUUCCGACGUCGAAAGGCGCAACGGAAAGUCCGGAAGCACAUGGGAUUGGACGUCCCCGACGACGAAGACUCCCCGUCCCCGCCGCCGCAAGUCCCGUCCCCGCCCUGCUGGGCCGGGACCGAGAUCCUGGAUCUUCACCGACGCCACCAAGAAGCCCUCGAUCUCCACCGCCGACCCCACGAAGCCCUCGAUCUCCACCGCCGACCCCACGACGUCCUCGACCUCCACCGACGUCUGACCCCCGCGACCCUGAUCCGCCCGCUCCUGACGGUGACCCCAAAAAAGCGGCAAUUCGACGUCGACAGUCUCCUCGCCCCCGACGACGACGAGCCCCAGGCGAAGAAGAUCCAGAUCGCGGAGGAGAUCGGCCCGAGAGAGAAUCCGUUCUUUCAAGUCGUGCAAGAAAAACCGGAGGAAAUGCAGAAGAUGCUGUCGAGUCCCUCGGAGGAAGAAUCGGCGAGGCUCUGGGAGGAAUUCAUGGCCAGGAAUCGGGAGUCCUCGCCCCAGGAAGAUAAGCAGUGA